AUGGUUAAAAAUUCUCUUAAUGUUAAACGAGUGGAGUGCAUCUUACCUAAUGUUUGUGCUGUUGAUGUUUUAACCGAAGAAACAACCAGAAUAGUAGGUGUUUAUGCUUCGGAAAGUCGCUCGUGGAAUUGGGAGCAAAUUUCUCCUUUCAUAACUAAUAACUGCGUACUUUUUGGUGACUUUAAUAUUGAUUUAGAAAUGGAUGCGAGUAAAGCGGAAACCUUGUUGGAGUGGGCAGAUCUACAUUCUUUAGCACCGUUCGCCCCGGAAGCCCCUACAUCACGUCGUUCAAACAGAAUUAUAGACUUUGCGUUCUCGAAUAGAGCGAGCAUAGAUAUUCAAACAUACAGCGGUAAUACCACGAGUGAUCACCUCCCGGUCUUAGCUGUUCUCUUAACGAAAAUAAAAGAUAAAUGUAAAGGAAAAUCAGUUCACUGGAAAGUUUUUAAUUUGGUCACAGAAUUUACUUUUCCCUAUUGGGAAGUACGAUGGCUUCUUAACGACGUUGAUGAUACACAUAAUGAUUACGUGCAAUUUCUAGGUCUUCUUAUAGCACGAUGUUCGAUACUUUUCCCGCUAAGUCAAUAUAGAGUAGCGAUCCCAGCGGAUUUGCGUGCUUUUCUUUCUUACAUUAGAGCUCUUUCAUUUCGUCGAAUGAGAAACAAAAAUAUUGAACUAAAAAAUCGUGUCAAUGGUUUAAGAAAAAUAGCAAAGCUCGAACUUGAAAAAUUUAUCUCGUCACAGCUCUCUUUAGCUCUUGGACAUCGCCACAAUUCUUCCUCGAUAUCGGUUAACUUUUGGUCAAAAACUAAACGUUUUAUCAAACCGUCCUCGUCAUCACUGAAUGCGCUCCUGACCCACACUGGUGAAGUAGUGUAUGACUCAUCCAAAAUGUGUGAGGUUGCUGCAGAUUAUUAUGAAGAUUUUUUUCGUAAAUCCAAUACUAUACUAAGACUUCAUCCUUACGCUGACGCACCAUGGACGGAUUUCGAUAAUAAAAACGAUCUAAUACCAGAAAUAACAUUAUAUGAACUACUACAGGUGGUAAUAUUAAAGAAAAAAAAGAAAUCCUGUGAUGCGCAUGGAUUAGACAACUUUAUGUUUUUAACUAUUUGCACCAGUCCUACUGGUCGUUGCUUCUCAAGCUAUACAAUUUUUCGUUUGUAA